AUGUUCGCUCAACAGUACGAUCACUCGUUCAAUGACUUGUUCAGCCAAUACGUCAACAUGGAGUCCUCAGCCGAUGGUGGCAAGGAUUCGGGCGACUUUGAUCAGCUCUUCCCGCUUGACUCGCUGUCGAGUGACUGUGGCGAUCUUUCCCCCACUGGCUCCACUUCUCAACCCCAGCAAUCAUCGCAACCCUGGAGCAAUGACUGGUCCCUGCUAGAUGACGGAGCCUCUGCCGAUCAUCUUACGUUCCAUGACACCGUCCACCCUUCCGCCAUUUCCAAUGCUGGUUUGAACAACUUUGAAAUCUCCCGCCCUACCACUUCACACGGCAUCCCUCCAGCUACAUCACCAUCUACUCCUCCUGCCACCCCCAGACGCAAAAUCACACAAAGCGCUCUUAUCACUCCCAAGUCUAUCCGCCAUCGCAGCCCGAAUGAGCGUCGCUCACUGCUGCGCAAGCAAAGUUCCUCCCCCAGUCUGAUGCGCUCUUCCAACCUUGCCAAAGAAAGAAUGGCAUACCCCGAGGUUUGGGCCCAGCGAAUCCAGAACUUCAAUCUUCAUGGCUCAGAAGAUCGUCUGCCGCUGUCUCCCCCUCCUUCCGAUGUCGUCAUUAAGCAUGAGAACAUCCCCAUGGAAACCAUGAACCAGACCAGAGAGUCUGCUGAGAUGCCUCCUACAUACGACGCAAGACUGUUCCAAACCCCCUCAGUCUCAAUGCCUUCCCCAAACACUGCAAUGUCAUCUCGCCAACACCAGCAAUACAUGGGCCGCACAAGCUCCUCCAACUUGGCCAACUCCAGCCCUCACUCUACAGACGACAUCUUCUCAUCGUCCCACUCUUCUGAUCCCCACUCCUUGUCUUCUUCUUGGCAAUCAGACCCACUCAAUGCCUCAUCUCUUCCCUUCACCCCCGAUCUCCAAGGCCAAGAUGCCCAAUGGUGGUCUCCCAUGCCUUCCCGGGUGGCCCAGCAGCAGGCCGCCUACCUCGCAUCCCCAACUCCCAACCGCAUGCAAAACGUUGGAAACCAAAGUGACAUGGCACAAGGAGGUCUCAUGAUCCAAUUCGAUCCUUCCUUCGACAUGUCCGCAGAAUCCUCAUUCUCAUCAUCUAAUAUGCUCCCCACUCAAAAAUUCGUCACACCCUUCAACACAUCUCAAACACAUAACAACUCCCGAUCACCAUCUCUCUCUCCUAAAGCCGGCAACUUGACCCUGGACAGCCGCACCUCAUCCAUCUCCAAGCCUACCCACCGCCGCACUCACAGCCGCAAGCUCUCUGGUCAGAGCAUGAACGGCCCCAAGCCCGCCAAGGCAUCUGGCUCGUCUCCCCGAGGCGCAAACAAGUCUGUCAGCGUAUCGUUUGUCAACUUUACCGCUCAUGACAGCAAAAAGAUCCUGACCGGAGUCGCUCCCUCCGGCAGUUCUAAGACCAAGGCUCGUCGCGAGCAAGAAGCCCGCGAUAGACGUCGCAAGCUGAGCGAGGCCGCAUUGCUAGCUGUGCGCAGCGCCGGCGGCGACGUCGAGGCUCUUGAAGCUGUUCUCUGUUAA